AUGAAAGCCUCCGUAGACACACUGCCGACCGAGAUGCUAUUCCGCCUCUUCCAGUGCCAAGUGGGCAAUUUCCUCAGGGAGGAUCAAGCUACAUUCUCGCCCGGUAGCAAUUGGCGCGAUAUAGGCGGGAGCGACAUGUCCAUUGGGGACAGGAGCAAGCUCGUAGACGACCUCGAAGCGCUGCUGGAGGAGAAAUAUUUCCGUUUCUGCGACCCUUCCAUCCCUUUACAUCAGACAGCCCUGUUGGUUGGCCGAUGCGUCCUCGCCGUCGUGCGGUUGCCCAUUUACCGCGUAAAGGGCAGGAGCGCUUGCCAUAGCGAGGGGCCCGAGAUUCAAGACGACAAGAUGCGUGAUCUCCUCUUCGCCACGAGCGUCAAGGUGCUCGAGUUCGAUAAUCUGAUUAGAAACACAGCGAGCACGAAGCAGUACCUCUGGCACGCAAACAUUAGUUUCCAGUGGCACGCCGUCAUUUGCAUGCUGACAGAGUUGCGCAUGCGCACGGUCGGGCCCGAUAUCGACGCCGCCUGGCAUCAGGUGGGGAUGCUAUUCACCAACCGGCCGCAGCUGCUAACGAAGUUUAAGAAUGCGUUGUAUGUAGCUAUUGGGAACUUGGUGUUGAAAGCAUGGGCAGCGAGGGAGAAGGCGAUCGCUGAUAAUAUGCCUGCGGGAGCGAUGAAUGAUCAAGAAACUGUAGAGAGUGGAAGGCCGGAAUAUAUACAGAUAUUAAUCGCACAACGGGCUUGCUCUGCUCGCAAGAAGGCGGCGGCGGAAACUGUGGCUACGAACGGGGUGGAACAACAAUCAUCAAGGAAAGCAACGCUGCUAGAUGUGUCGUCCUACAGCAUUUUGGGUGCGAAUAACAACGCGCAGAUGACGCCGAUUGGAAUUGGACCACAAGAAUCUCCAAUCCCCAGCCAUCAGCGUCGCUUAUUUAGUCCCGCUCCGCCCGAUACAUUUAGGAUCGCUGAUACCCAUCAGAACACCAGUGGGAGGUUAGCUGAAACCGAAGAUAUGGAGGACAGUCAUACAGACACGUAUCUCGACCCGUCAGUUCUUAUAAUCCAGGGCAAUAAUGGCGGUGUACAGAACUGGUUGGAUGACGGCCCCCUUGAUUGGGCGCAGUGGGAUAUGUUGGUGCAGGAGUUUGAUAUGGGUUGGGGUGAUAUGGAGGUUGGUUGA